CAUCUUUACAUAUUGCACCGAAACCUCAGCUUCAACGAUGCUGUAUAUCUUGCGCCACCAAAAAGACUCUGCUUGGCUGCCGACGCGCCAGCGUCAUCCACUUACCUCCUAGCACUGCCUUGAUUUGUGCACUUGCCGCUGAUCUUCAGGCAUCAGCCACCGUGGCUCCAGCUUCACUUCUUGCACUUCUUACCUACCCUUUACAUUGACAUUGACGAUAGACACAGGACACUCUCGAGACUAGAGACGCCAUGGCACAGCACCCAGGAUAUCGCAGUGUGGCUUACUUCGUCAAUUGGGCAAUCUAUGGCAGGAAUCAUCAGCCUCAGGACAUCCCAGCGGAGAAGCUCACCCAUGUUCUGUACGCAUUUGCCAACAUCAGACCGGAAACUGGGGAGGUCUACCUGACUGAUUCAUGGGCGGACACGGACAAACAUUAUCCUACUGACAGCUGGAAUGACACUGGGACGAAUGUCUACGGCUGCAUUAAGCAGUUGUAUCUCCUCAAGAAACGCAAUCGCAAUCUCAAAGUACUACUCAGCAUUGGAGGCUGGACAUACUCGAGCAACUUCGCACAACCUGCGUCCACUGAAUCUGGACGUCGCACAUUUGCCCAGAGCUCGGUCAAACUGCUCAAAGACCUCGGUCUGGACGGGUUAGACGUGGACUGGGAGUACCCAAAGAACGACGGCGAAGCGGCAGAUUUCGUGGAAUUGCUGAAAGCAACACGCGAAGAACUCGAGCGCUACUCUGCCACACUACCAAAUCGACCGCAUUUCCUGCUAACUAUUGCAUCGCCUGCAGGCGAGUCUAAUAGCCGAUGGCUGAAAAUCCGCGAGAUGGACAAGUAUCUCGACUUUUGGAACAUGAUGGCUUACGACUUCGCCGGCUCCUGGGACCCGACUGCUGGACAUCAAGCCAACGUCUUCCCCUCGCAGCAGAAUCCACAAUGCACACCCUUCAGCACAGAUAACGCUAUACGCUGGUAUACGAAUGCAGGUGUGCCACCACAUAAAAUCGUCCUAGGCAUGCCAUUGUACGGACGUGCGUUCCAGAACACGAACGGACCUGGAUGCGCAUUCAAUGGCGUUGGAGAAGGCAGCUGGGAGAAUGGCGUAUGGGACUACAAGGUUCUUCCACCUCCAGGUGCACAGGUUCACCACGAUCCCCAAGCUAUAGCAUCUUGGUCCUACAAUCCCGCAACUCGAACAAUGGUUUCUUAUGACACGCCUCAAGUCGCAGCUCAGAAGGUACAAUACAUCAAAAACACUGGACUGGGCGGAGGGAUGUGGUGGGAAACAAGCGGUGACGUUCCCGCAUCGCAGGGCGAAAGCUUGAUCAAUGUGGUAGUGCAAGGAUUAGGUGGAUUCCAAGGCAAGCACAUGGAGAAUACGGCCAAUGUCCUCGAAUACCCCGAGUCAAAGUAUGAUAACCUGAAGGCCGGGAUGCCAGGUGAGUGAACGUAGCCUAUGUAGGUAGGAAGGAGAGUGUAGCUCUGCCAUAGGGAAGUGAUGCUAGAUUGAUUUAUACGACCGAAACUUUC